AGGCGUGACGUUCAUUAAGUUACAACACGGAGUCAGGCAGACGGUAAGACAGCUUGUCAAUGCUUCUAAGGAGUUAUUCGCCAUUAAACAACAAGAAGAUAACAGCUUGUCAAGCCUGCAAACUCUUAUUCAAGCUCUUCUUUGACGCUGGCAAUAAUGGAUAAAGACAGCCUGAUUCUCCCCAAAGACUUUCCAGAACUGAAGAACGACACAUUCCUGAGAGCCGCUCAAGGAGAAGAGAUCGAGCACAUUCCAGUGUGGUGUAUGAGACAGGCUGGCCGCUAUCUGCCAGAGUUCAGGGAAUCGAGGGCAGCGAAGGAUUUCUUUGAGACAUGCCGCUCACCUGAAGCUUGCUGUGAGCUUACGCUACAGCCACUCAGACGAUUCCCAUUUGAUGCUGCCAUCAUCUUCUCUGACAUCUUGGUGGUCCCUCAGGCCAUGGGAAUGGAGGUUCAGAUGAGUCCAGGAAAGGGCCCCACUUUCCCAGAACCACUGAAGGAGCCUGAAGAUCUGCAGAGACUAAAGACUAAAGUGGACGUGUCGUCUGAACUCGACUACGUUUUUAAAGCCAUCACACUGACACGACACAGAAUAGAGGGAAAAGUCCCUCUCAUCGGCUUCACUGGAGCUCCAUGGACUCUAAUGUCCUACAUGAUUGAAGGAGGAGGCUCCACGACACACUCAAAAGCUAAACGCUGGCUCUACAGGUACCCAGAGGCCAGCCACAAACUCCUGAGCCAGCUAGCAGACGUCAUAGUGGAGUAUCUUCUCGGACAGGUGAAAGCUGGAGCUCAGGCUCUGCAGGUUUUCGAGUCUCAUACUGGUUGCUUGGGCCCAGUGGAGUUUGAAGAGUUUUCUCUGCCUUAUCUGAGAGACAUUGCUCGCCGUGUUAAAGACAAGAUCAAAGAAUCUGGUUUGGACAGUGUGCCUAUGAUCGUUUUUGCUAAAGAUGGCCAUUAUGGGCUUGAGGACCUCUCCGAGUCUGGUUAUGAAGUUGUGAGUCUUGACUGGACCACAGAUCCACGUUCAGCACGGUCCUUUACUGCAGUUUUGUUCCUCCAUCUUUUUUUUUUUUUUUUUCAAAGAACUGCGUCUCUCAUUUGAAUAGGUGUGAUUUUUGGCCUCAUCUUCUAGGCAGAUUUGCUCCAGAUUGUUUAGCUUUAUUAGAUGACAUUUGUGCACCACAUAUUUCAAAUAGUGUCACAGUUGGAGUAUGAAGAGGGCUUUUAUCACUGCUGUCCUUCAGAUUCAGUCUCAAUUCACAGCCGGAAUGUUGAGUGUUUCUUGUUUUUUUAUAUAUAUAUUAGUUAUUUUAAUGCUUCAUAGCUAAAAGUCAGUUGUGAGAGAGUUGUGUCCUCAUUACACUGUUCUGUUUCAUUUUAUGCAGAUGAAAAACUCUAGUUUAUAGAAUUAAAAACCGAAAUGUCAAAGACAGCCAAAUGUCAAUAUAGGAUUUCUAAUCCAGUAAAAUGAAAUGCUUUGGUUGAGUCUGAAUAGUCCAUUAAGGCACUGUGUGUACAGAAUGGACAUAGAGUACCAGUCAAAGCUUUAGACA